AUGUAUGUGGACUUGGAGAUGGAAGAGACUGUUACAGUAAUUCAAGUCUAUGCCCCAAUAGAAGAUUAUGUCAUUGCAGAUAAAGAAGCAUUCUAUGAAGAAUUACAGAAGGAAAUGGAUAAGGCACGAGACAGAAGUAGGCAUUUUAUCAUAAUGGGAGACUGGAACGGAAGAAUAGGGAGUGAGGUGAACAGAGGACAAGGCUGUAUGGGAAGGUUUGCUGGGGAUAGAAUCUUGAAUGAUAAUGGAGAAAGGAUCAUAGACUUUUGCCUGGAAAACAACCUUAUGAUUGGAAACACUUUUUACAACCACAAAAAGAUACACCAAAUUACAUAUCCAGCUUUGGGUAGACAGGCAGAGAGUGUAAUUGACUACAUGGUGUACACAAGAAACACAAACUAUGCUGUAUGCGAUGUGAAGGUCAUAAGGGGGGCAGAGCUGGCAACUGACCAUAAAUUGCUUGUGCUGGAUACAAACUUCAGUAUCCCUAAGGCAAGGAAAACCAAGGCAUAUGUAAAGGUCAAAGUUGAGGAACUGAGGAAGCCUGGAGUUAGUAAUGAGUUUUCCAGAAAAAUGGAAGAGGAAUUGACAUGGCAAAAUGAGGAAUGGGGAAGAAAAGGGAUGGAAGAUAUAUGGAACGCACUAAAAACUACAAUAAAAAGAGUUGCAGAGCAGGCAUGUGGCAGUAGACAGAUUAAAGGGCAGGGUAAGAAACGUACAAGAUGGUGGAGUGAUGAGGUGAAGAACAUGGUUAGAUACAAAAAGGAAGCAUGGAAAAGAUAUCUCCAAACAAGAACAGAGGAAGACAGAAGAGCAUAUGUGGAAAAACGGAACCAAGUGAAAGAGACUGUGAGACGGGCUUAA